UUUUGGUUUUUCUGGUUCUUGCCUUUCGGUGCCUCCCAGCGAAAACUAACACAAGAGAGGAAGUGGCUGGAAAAAAGGGGAUAAAGAAAAAUGAUACAUUCUCCUGUCGCGCUUCCAUAAAUGCUUCUCAAUCACAUGUUAACCAAUCAUCGCUCCACCACCACCGAUUGCCGCCAGAUCUAAUCUGAUCCAGCAUUUCAUUUCAUCUGAGUUCGAGGAACUUCCAUUCGGAGCCGGAAACUGGUGAGUCAUGGAGGAGAAGCUGAUUUCUCGGCUGGAAUCGGCGGUGGCGCGGUUGGAAGCGCUGUCUUCCUCCGGCUUCGCAUCGCGGGACAUUGGCGGAGGAGAUGACGCUUCGUCGGAUCCGUCGAUUCUGGCAUUCGACGAUCUGAUUCGGGAGUCGUUCGGUAGGGUUUCCGCCGCUGCGGAGAAGAUAGGAGGACAGGUCCUGGAGGUGACGAAGGUUCUCGGUGAGGCUUUCAGUGUCGAGAGGGAGCUUCUCGUCAAGAUCAAGCAGACUAAGAAACCGGAUAUGGCGGGAUUGGGUGAAUUCCUGAGGCCUCUCAACGUGGUGAUUACGAAAGCGAGUGCAAUGACGGAAGGGAGGAGAUCGGAUUUCUUUAACCACUUGAAGUCUGCUGCUGAUAGUCUUUCAGCUUUAGCAUGGAUUGCUUACACUGGCAAAGAUUGCGGUAUGAGCAUGCCCAUUGCACAUGUGGAAGAAAGCUGGCAGAUGGCCGAGUUUUACAAUAACAAGAUUCUUGUUGAGUACAAAAACAAAGACCCAAAUCAUGUUGAGUGGGCCAAAGCUGUGAAGGAACUGUACUUGCCAGCUUUGAAGGAUUUUGUUAAGAGACAUUAUCCCUUAGGUCCAGUAUGGAGUGCUACCGGUAAAACUGUAGCCUCCGCUCCAACCAAAGCUGGUCCGCCAAGUGCUCCUGCUGCUCCACCACCCCCACCAGCUUCUCUCUUCAGUGCUGAAUCUUCUCAGCCUUCAUCCUCAAAACCAAAGGAAGGCAUGUCUGCUGUUUUCCAAGAAAUUAAUUCAGGGAAGCCUGUGACUGCUGGUCUGAGAAAGGUCACAGAUGAUAUGAAAUCAAAGAACCGUGUUGAUAGAACGGGUGUUGUUCCUACCACUGAUAAAGGCGGAGCUGCUUCAUCAUCUUCCUUUGCUAAGCCUAAGACAGGACCUCCAAAGUUUGAGCUUCAAAUGGGUCGGAAGUGGGUUGUUGAGAAUCAGAUUGGACAAAAGAACUUAGUCAUUAGUGAGUGUGAUUCAAAGCAGUCAGUGUAUAUGUAUGGGUGCAAAGAUUCUGUUUUGCAAAUCCAAGGGAAAGUUAAUAACAUAACGAUUGACAAGUGCACCAAGUCAGGGGUGGUAUUUACGGAUGUGGUAGCCGCUUGUGAGGUUGUGAAUUGCAGUGGAGUUGAGGUGCAAUGCCAGGGUUCAGCUCCAACAAUCUCAGUGGACAACACUGGUGGCUGUCAGUUGUAUUUGAGUAAAACUUCUCUCGAGACUUCCGUAACUACAGCAAAGUCUAGUGAGAUCAAUGUGUUGGUGCCUGGCUCAGAUGGUGACUUGGUGGAGCAUGCUUUGCCACAGCAGUACGUUCACCUGUACAAGGAUGGCAAGUUCGAAACCACUCCAGUCUCCCACUCUGGAGGGUAAGUUCCAGUCAUCGAAGUAUCCUGGCGCAGCUCCUCUCUUUCUCCUACUAUUUGGCCGUCACCGGAGUUUUGAUGAGUGGUUUCAUUAUUCUUUUUUUUCUUCUUCUUUGUUUGGCUUGUGGUUGAGAAGUGGCUUUCAUUUUCUCAUGUUUCCGUUUUGAGUUGAUUUGCUGCCGUUAGUCCAAAUGACCUUUAGCGUCAUGUCUUUACGUUCUCAUUUUCCUUUCCAUGGGGGCGUUCAUAUAUAUGACAAUAUCGUUUCGAAAGCCUUUUAGACUUUUUGUGUUUGCUUUGUAAGUGCACUUUUCAUGCUUUGUAAUGAGUAAUGAACUCGUGAGAAAAGAACUCAUGCUUUGUAAUGAGUGAAAUGGCAUGGUGGCCGACCUUUUCCUUUGCUUGGAAAUAGAGUCUUAUUGCAGGCUUUUAUCCUUGUAAAAUGUUAAUUGAAAUGAUAACUUCAGACACUUGUACCGAUUGAUGCUAACAUGUUGCCUUACCUGGUG